AUGACAUCAAUCAGUCCAGAUAGAAAUACAGUUUAUGACUAUGACUUAUCAACUUUAUCAAAUAUAAGAUUAGACAAUAGAAGAGCAAAACAAAAACUAUCCAACAAUGUUUUACAUCAAGCUAACCCUUCAGCAACCAACCGUUAUAACUACAACCCAACAAGAUCUCGUAAAUCUAAGCAUGACUAUCAGUUGGAUGAGACAGCAGACCCAAUAAGACUUUUUAAAGAUUCCCCAUCUCCAAACAAAUAUGAUUACAAGUAUAAUAACAUUAGUCCAUUCAAGUACAACAGCUCAAUCUCAAGAAAAUAUGAUAUUGACUCAAGUUUACUAGAGAAGGAUAACUUGAAGUAUCUUGAUAGAGAUUAUUAUUCAAAUGGGUCCAAGUUAAACGAACAAAAAAGGGAAAGAUUUUUGGACUCCAUAAACUCAGCAAACAACACAAAAUUUUCAAAUCGUCAAAGUUCUCACUAUGAUGUCAGUCCUGUUAGGGAUACAAUAACAAGAAAGCCUUAUGAAGAUUUAGGAUUCAGGCCCAGAAAUAAGGAUAUAGGUAUUCCUAACCUUAAACCAGAUAAUUAUUACAGCAACCCUUUUUCAAAAAGCCCUAUAAAAGCAGGUACAUCAGGCUUUUCCAAGUCUGAUAUUUAUAAUGAUAACAUUGAUCCUGAUCGGUUAGAUCGUGAAAGUGAAGAGCAACUGAGAAAUUAUGAUAAAAGAUUUCAACACCUGGUGGAUAAGUACCAGUUAGAUGAACUGUCAGCACAUGAAGACAAAAUUGCUUCCAGUGAACCAGAAUCGAAAUUAGAUCGUUAUAGAUCGAUGAUAAGGAAACUUCAAGCUCAAAAUCAACAAGAGGCUAACAACAAUCAACAAUUGAAAGAGAAAAUCACAGAGCUCGAAAAAUUUAUUGAAUUUUUAGAAUCCAACUUUGAUCAAUUGUACAAACGAUCAGGUAUACUUAAAUUGGAAAAACAUGACAUUCAUAGGAAGAACCAAGAAUUGAUAUUCAUCAAUAAUUACUACAAAAGCUUGUUGAGAAAGCAAAAAAUUUACAAACAAAGUGAAGAUACAACUAUUUCAUUACUUGACCACAAAUUUGAGGAUGAUGAUUCUACAACUCAACUUUUAAUAAACUUCAAUACAACCAAGCCUAGUGCAACUUUCAACAAACUGAGUUCAAUCAAAAAGUUUAGAGCUUUGGGGUUUGCUGUUUUAGCCUCUGUUAAAUUACAACAUAGACUUCAACAUCGUCAAGCAUACAUCAAGAAGGUCCAUGAUUUAAUGGGAUUUUAA